AUGGAAGACGACUCCAAGCAUCACAGCAGCAUCAUGAAGAAGCUUCUAGUACUCCUCACACUUCUCUCACACCCCGGUUGUGGGAGGCCAAUGAUAUCAGAAAGAAUCGUAGGAGGAGCGGACGCUGCAAUUGAAGAAUGGCCGUGGCAGGUCACCCUGCAGAUCGAAGGCUUUGGUCAGUGCGGGGGCUCACUUAUCACCAACUCCUGGGUGCUGACAGCCGCUCAUUGCUUCCAACAGUCAGAGAAUAUUUCGGAUUACACCGUAUACCUUGGUGUUUACCAGCUAUCGAAUCUACAGAAUCCUGGAAUUGUGGGCAGAGGAUUAAAGCAAAUCAUUGUAAACCCCAACUUUUUACUUGAAUCCGGUGGAGACAUUGCCCUGAUCGAGAUGGACAAACCGGUCAAUCUUACCUCCUCCAUACGCACCAUCUGUCUACCAUCUGCAUCAGUGAAUCUCUCAGAGGGGACCCUGUGCUGGGCAACAGGCUGGGGCAACAUUCAAGAUGGAGUACCACUACCCAACCCUAAGACUCUCCAGGAGGUCCAGCUCGCUCUGAUAGACAACAAGAACUGUGAAUCCAUGUACCAGACCAGCUUGGGCUAUAACCCCAAAUACAAGCUGAUCCAAAGCGACAUGAUGUGUGCCGGAUACAAGGAGGGAAAGAAAGAUACAUGCCAGGGUGACUCCGGAGGACCCCUUGUCUGCAGUGUGAAUGGUGUCUGGGUGCAGAUGGGCGUUAUCAGCUUUGGGUUGGGAUGUGCCGAGCCCAGUCAUCCUGGUGUCUACACAAGAGUCCAAUAUUACCUAUCCUGGAUCCAGACAUAUGUCACCUCCUUGAAGAACGGACUGAAUAAUGUCCACCUGGGGCAAAACUUCAACACAACAUUGUACCCAGACAACAGCAGCCUUAGUAAUAAAAACCCUAUAGAGAGUGGAAACGUAACUGACUCUUAUGUGAUCGUUUCCCUAUUGGAAUACUUGAACUUGUACGACGUUGGGACGGAGAGAUAUGGAGAGGCUCUGAGUGCUCUGGACAGCAAUAAAGACCUGGGCUACCCAACUGACACCUAUACCUUAUGUCUUAUGCUGCUGAAGAAAGAACCCAGGAGGUUCUGA